AUGUCAACUACUCAGAGCCUGGAUUCGCACAUUCCGGUUGAGCCGCUGAGCCCACCGAUAGUCGGACGCGAUGGCUACACCGGCCUCAACCCUCGGACCGAAGUCCUGUCAAAGGGCUGGAAGCAUCCCCAUAAAGACGCUCGCCCGUUGCCCUGCGACAUACAGAUAGACCACGACGUCGCCAUCACCACCAGGGAUGGGACCGUCCUCUACGCCGACGUCCUGCGGCCCCCCAACACGGACGAGAAGGUGCCGGCCAUCAUCUGCUGGUCCCCCUUCGGCAAGAAGUUCAACGGCCUGUCGUCCCUGGACUACAUGACGCCGUGGCAGCUGGGGGUCCCGUCGCAGACGCUCUCCGGGCUGGAGAAGUUCGAGGCGCCCGACCCGGCGGACUGGGUGCCCCGCGGCUACGCCAUCGUCAACGUCGACACGCGCGGCGUGUUCGACAGCGGCGGCACGAUGGUCAUCCUGGGUUCGGUCGAGGCCGAGGACGGCUACGAUACCAUCGAGGCCGUCGCGCGGAUGGGCUGGUGCGACGGCCGCGUCGGACUCGCGGGCAACUCGCACCUCGCCAUCGCGCAGUGGUUCAUCGCCGCGCUCCGCCCGCCGAGCCUGAAGGCCAUCGCCCCCUGGGAGGGCUGCGGCGACCUGUACCGCGAGCAGUUCGCGCGCGGCGGCAUCUACGCCGGCGACAUGUUCGACGAGCUCAUCGUCAAGCACAUGCUCAAGGGGCGCAACGGCAUGGAGAGCUUCCGCGAGAUGUUCAAGCAGCACCCGCUCGCGAACGCGUGGUGGAACGACAAGAGGCCCGACAUGAAGAAGAUCAACGUCCCGACGUACAUCACGGGCACGUGGACCAACACGAUGCAUGGCAUGGGCGCCAUCCGCGGCUGGCUCGAGGUCGACUCGUCCGACAAGUGGCUGCGUUGGCACCCCUGGCAGGAGUGGUACGACCUCUGGGGGAACCCGCAGGCCAAGGAGGAGCUGUUCUCCUUCUUUGAUCACUUCCUCAAGGGCGUCGACAACGGCUGGGAGAAGACGCCCAAGGUGCGGAUGGCGCUGCUGCGGUUCGGGAACAAGGUGCCGCAGGCAAUCGAGAACAUUGUCGAAGAGGACUUCCCGCCGGCCCGGACGCAGUACAGGGAGUACUACCUGAGCCCCGACGGGAGCCUCGCCCCCGGCGGCGCGGCGCCCGCGGAGGCGGCGACGGUCAGCUACGACUCGGAGGCGGGCGGGAGCGUCGGCUUCACGCACACCUUCGCCGAGACGACGCGCGUCAUGGGGCUCCCCAAGGCCGUGCUGUACAUGUCGUGCGCGGACCACGACGACAUGGACGUGUACGUCAUGAUCCAGAAGCUGGACAGGGACGGCGCGCAGAUGAAGAACCUCAACGUGCCGUGGAAGGGCAUCCCCGUCAAGACGUUCGACGAGUUCAAGCGGGAGCAGGAGACGGAGGUGGUGCUGUACAAGGGCCCCGUGGGGAUCCUGCGGGCGUCGCACCGCGCCGUCGACGAGGCGCGGAGCAUGCACCCGCACUGGCCGUUCCACCCGCACGAGAGGGAGGACAAGGUCCCGCCGGGCGAGGUGGUGAGGCUGGACAUUGGGAUAUGGGCGCUGGGCGUCGAGUUCGAGGCCGGCGAGAGCGUGAGGGUCGUCGUCAGCGGAGAGAGCCUCGCGGUGAACAACUUUGGGAAGAAUCACUCUCUGAACAAGGGGCGGCAUAUCGUGCAUCUGGGAGGGGGGCAGGCGAGCCAUGUCAUUCUUCCGUUUGUAUAG